GUUUAAUGGGAGGGGGAAAAACGAAGCUGACGACAUGGGCAUAUAUAUCAGAGGUAUCAUUCUGUUGAGUGGCAAAAACAAGGAGACAUUGAUCACAUUUGCUACCAGCCGUAUUUCUCGAGUAUAAAACUCUUAAUACUGUCCUAAAGUGUCCGGCAAAAGAAUGAAGUUGCUAGGCGUGUCUCUAGUCUUUGUGGUGACGAUCGCUAUUGUGAGAACGCAAACCAGAUACGCGACCAAACCAGGUUCGUGUCCACCUGCCUUACCUAUACAGAUCUGCGAACAAUCCUGCUACGUUGACGCACAUUGCUCAGGAAUCGGCAAAUGUUGUCCGACUCGAUGUGGCGGUUCCAUCUGCUCCAUGCCUGUCACGAUGACGCAACCUGCCCAGACAGUGAAACCAGGAGUUUGCCCAUCAAUACCGACGGGAAGGUGGGUAUGCUCAUCGACCUGUAGUAGCGACAACGAUUGCAAAGGAAACUUAAAAUGCUGCAAAAACAGAUGUGGAGCUCUAGCUUGUCAGAAACCGGACGCUGAAACAUUCGAAUCUGUCAGCGUACCGAAUCAACCGAAUGUCCCACGCUUCGGAAACGAUUACAAUGAUUACUAUCCCUAAUUUCGAUUUUGUGUUUAUUACACUUAUAAAUAAUACGUUUGAUUUGAUAAGUUAUAAACACAUUACUGCGUAAUAUAAAAUAAUUAUAGUAAUAAUUUUAUUUUUUGCAAUCUUAACUUUUACGAUUUUAUAUAUUUCAGUUCUCUAUUAAUAAUUUUUUUGUCUGUAAUUCAAUAUGAUGCUAGGGAAGCAAAUAGAAUAGUAUAUUUUUACUGUAAUUCUUGUAAUUUUAAUUUUAUAACAAAGAAAAUUGUGACAGAAAUUUUACUAUUAAAAAUGAAUGUAUCACGCAUCUCAAAGUAUUAUCAAAAAUUUAAAAACUUCCUAAAUUAUUCUAUUAUUACGUUUGACUGUCCGUUUAAAAUUUAAGCAUAAUUCUCUUGUUGUUUAAAGUAUACAUUCAGAAUUGUGAAAUGCUCUCGACAUAAAAAGAAUAUAAAGACUAUAAAUACCCUUCAUUUUUUAAGUGAUUGCUUUAAUAAACAAUUUGAUGGAUAUCAAAGUAACUCCACGUCAGCAUUAUAUACCACAGCCUUAAAUUUAUUUGACUAAUUAAUGAAUAUUUGAGGCAAUAAGCAAAAAUUAAACAUAUAUGAAUAUUAAAUAAGAAUACUAAACAGAUAUCUUGAACAGCUAUUCUGAAACAAAGAUCCUCAAUAAUGGCAUUUAUGUGAAACAGUAAUAAUAUUUCAAUUACAUUUUCGAGUAGCCACUGGGAAUAAUUUGUAAUUAGUAACUAGCUAUAAUAUAUCAUUUACCUUAUUCAACUGUUCGGAUUUUUUCUAUAAAUUUAAAUUAUUCUUUAAAAAUAGUAUCUCCGUGCUAAGUUAAGAUAAAUGUAGAUUAGAAGUUAGAAAUCUCCGGUGUAACCUUCAACAGUAAUAAAUAAUGCUGUUUGCAACAUUUUAAAAAGUA